CGAUGGUGUUGCGUUGCCGGCGGCUGCUGCCGUGGUGACGGCGCUGGCGGGCUCCUGGGCUAAUGCUCGGUCCUCUCGCCGGCGCGUCGGGGCGGGGUGGCGGCCCCCCUUCCUGCCUUUUGGAGGCCUUUCCGCGGGCGUUUGGUGGCCUGUGCGUUGAUGCUGCAGCAGGAGGUUGCCCGAUCUGUCUUCGGAUCCGGCUCGUCAGUGUCUGCCGGCGGCGAAGUGGUUGCUCUUGCGUGGGAUGGCACCGUCUCCAUGUUUGAGGUGCUUGGGCCAGCGCGUGUGCGGGCAUGUGGCUCUUCUAUCGUCGGCUGCGUGGGUUGGAGAGGUUUGGGAUGCUCCGGAUGAGAAUCUGCCCGACUUUGUCGGUGCCGACGACGCGUCGCCCAUGGGCGUCGUUCUCCUCGCGGGAGGGUCAUUGUGGAGCUCUCUCCCCCCUCCUCCAUCCCUAGUCAUGUCCUUCGUGCGGAAGCUCAAGACUCCACAUGAGUCGGGUGACGGCGUCGCUUCAACGUCGCUCCUCCCUUGGGGGCGUCACCUUGAAGGUCAUGGUCUUCUACGCGCUUCCCCAUGGGCUGGACAAGCACAACACCGCGGUCAGUAGGUGCCUGGCCGGCGGUGUGAGGUUGGUGUGGCGUUGCAUGUGUGCGGCAACGACUAUGUGGCGAGCAGAGCCGAGUCGCGGCAUUUCCUUUUGAUGCUGACGGUCCGGUGCGCCAAUGGGUGCGUCUAUGCUGAUUUCUGGCUGUAACAGAGAAGUCGAAGCUGCGGCGGCGGGGCCACUGCAGCAACGAUGACUCCACGAGGGCGGUUUUUAGCGGGUGGUGCUCUCCGGAUGUUGCGCUGGACUAGGACGGUGCGAGGCUUGCAACUUUCUUUGUGAAGCUCGUUUGCAAAAUGAGAGCUGCCUUGUCCUCGAUGCUUCGGUCGACUGUUUGGCGUUUGUGGCCAGGUCAUCCGCGUGUCCCCUUUGUGGGGUUUGUAAUCUAGGUUUUCACUCGGUUUUCCUUUAAUUAAUCAGGCAACUCUCUUCUUCUUAAUCAAUGAAAAUGGCAAAUCUUUUGUCUCAUUUCAAAAAAAAAGAUGAAUUUACAUCAUGCAUGGAGUGACAAUCACAAGAUCAACAGAAUCAGACCACCAGCCGGGAGCUCUUCUUCCUGGCCAGCGCAUGAGGCACGACGGGCGUCUGCACAGAGCAGCUCAUGAGGUAGGUGUAGCAAGGGGGUAUCUGGGACCUCCACGCCAGGGCCUCGAACCUCCCGCCGGGCGCCGGCCGCCCGGACAGAACCUCCUGCGCCGGGCGCGCCUGGUAGCAGCCGUAGGAGACGAAGACCUUGGACGUCCGGGCCAGCCUCCACAGGUAGACGUGCCGGUUUGGUUGGAAAAUUUAGCAGGCUUAUUGGGACAUGAAUCAAUGUUCUAUAUCUCAGAUACAUUUUUUUCAUGUAUCGAAAUAAAGAAUAUUGUUUCUUUUUUUAGGGAAGAAUAUUGCUUUAUUGGUAGUACUGACUCACUGACGUAUUGGGUCAAUCUUGACGGCUUUGUUGUCAAAGUUACGACGGGUCCAUCCGUCCAUGGGCAGAAGUCAGGACUUCUAUGCCUCAACCAGAACCACAAGUUGGCCUUUCCCUCUUCUCUUCUUUGGUGGAUUCAUCUAUCCCACCAGGAAUAUUGCAGGGGCCUUCCAAAAUGGAGACGCUUCUCUCUGCAAUCGUGGGUGAUCUUGUCAGCAGAGCCCUGUCCAUGGUAACCCAGAGAUACCUGCAGUCCCAGGGAGCAGAGGAGGAGAAGCUCCAGAGGCUACGGGCGGUGCUGCUAAGGAUCCAUGCCACCGUCGAGGAGGCCGAGGGGAGGCACAUCACCAACCAGGCAAUGCUCCAGCAGCUCCAGAUGUUGAGACGAGGUAUGUACAGAGGCUACUACACGCUCGACACCUUCAGAUACCGAGCGCACAGGGACGAGGCCGAUGGCGAGGCGAGCACUCGCCGUUCGCUUGCCCUGUCCAGAUUCAGCCCUUCCAGUUCCAGACGUACCUUCUUCUCCGUGUGCGAUGCCCCGAGCACGGACCUGGUGCUUGAUGACGGGAGCUCCAACAAUCUCGACAAGAUGCUCAGCAGCCUUGAGAGAAUGAUUGGUGACAUGCAGGAGUUCGUGAUGUUCUUGGCCAGCUAUCCUCGAAUCUCCCGGCAACCUUACAGCGCAUAUUUGUUUCAUGAUCAGGUUAUGUUUGGCCGGCAGAUGGAAAAGGAGACAAUUUUGAGCUUUCUGCUUUGUAGGGAGGCUGCAAGGAAUGGAAGUCUGGGUGUGCUGCCGAUAAUUGGUCCAGCGAGAGUUGGAAAGAGUACACUUGUUGAGCAUGUCUGCCACGACGAGAGGGUGCACAGGCGCUUCUCGUUGAUCGUCUUCUUCAGCGGGAAUGAUCUCAAUGGUGGAAACUUGGCCACUCUAAAAGGUAGCGGUGUGAUCAAGCAUCAGAACCUUGCCUCCAGCCCGCAUGGAGACUCACUGGCUGUGAUUGAGCUAGCAGGGGACAUGGACGAGGAAACAUGGAGGGGGUUGUACACCUCGGCAGCAAGCCACCUGACGCCAGGCAGUAAAAUCAUACUCACCAGCCGUUCAGAGAAGAUAGCAUCAUUAGGAACGGCAGAGUCUCUUAUGCUGAAAUUUUUGUCCCAAGAAGCUUACUGGUAUUUCUUCAAGACGGUUGCAUUCGGAAGCACAAACCCUGGUGAGCAUCCUAACUUGGCAGCCAUCGGCAUGGAGAUCGCCGUCCACAUGAACAGAUCAUUCGUGGCAGCGAACAUCGUUGCCAGCUUACUGAGAACCAAUCUUGACACACGAUUUUGGCGCAGAGUGCUGAGAUGCUUGAGAGAUUUCGCAAGCAAGCACCUCAGCAUGUUUGGAGAGCACCCGACCAAUCUCCUAGAAAAGGACCAGCCUGUGUACAUGUGGACAAUGGCCAAGACAACCAAUGUUUUCGUGAUGCGAGAUAUUUAUGACGAGCCAUCUCCCAAGAUCAGUGAGGUUCCCAGGAUAACGGCACAGGAUGUUCUGUCUGGGCGAGUUACGUCUGAAGGGACAUUCCAAGCAGUGGCAUGGAGGUCCAGGAUACCUCCUUGCUACACCUACUUGGUGAGCUUCGUCGUGUCACGGACAGACGAGCACGCGGUGCUUGGUAAGAAGCGGUCUAGGCAGGAGAGGAUUUGAUGUAAAAUGCAAUAAUGUAUAGCUAAUGCGAUUGCAAAGUGCACGUCUUACCCUUUUUUCGUCAAUGCCCUGCAUCUCCUCACUUGUGUGUAGCAGCUUGCUCCAUGGAUCUCCAGCUAUAUCUCCACAAGCCGGGUACUGAACUUGACAGUCCACACUCAUCACACGGCAUAACCGGUCUGGUAGAAUUGCUUACAAGCCAGAUUGACAGAACCAUUUUUUAUCUGCAAGGCAGGCUGACAGAGAAAACCAGUAGGAAGGAAGAGAUGUUACUGAUACAAAACCCUGGCAGUUAGUAGUCCAACACUACAGAAGCGCUGGAGCAUUUUACAAGAUUUCUGAGCAAUUGUGUCUUUCCCAGCGAAAUUACCGCACUGCGCAUGUAGUCUAUAUGUAAAGGAAUUAUGUUCAAUACAAUGCAGGGUCAGCUCAGCGCACAUAUUUGAUGUGUUCUAAACUAGGAUGGAGCCUGGCCCAUAUGCAACACAAACUCUAUUAUUUCAGUCAAUUCAUUUAUCGUUGACACACCUAUGUAUAUUUUCAUACUUUCGUAGCCCAAAUCAACUUCUUAUUGCGUACUGGAAUA